UCUCUUUUCUUUCUUUCACCUCUUCUCUCUGCUUCCCCGGCCCUCCCUCUUUUUAACAUCCGCUUCCCCCCGCUUUUUCCCUCUCUCGACUCUUUAUCUUCUCGUCAUUCCCCCAUCAUUGUCUCUGACUCUUCCUCGUUUUCGUCGACACUCCACCUUCCUGUUCCUCUACCCUCUCUCACGUCGACGCCGAUCUUUGCCUAACCCUCAUCUUGCGUGCUACAGUCCCUGGCCAGUGUCAUUGUUUGGUGAUUCAACCAAGAUGGCCUCGCCACUCUCCGAGAAGGAGAUUGAAACUUCGCAAAGACUGCGAGAGCCUGAAGCAUCCUCUACGUCUCAAGAUGAUGCAAUUAUCGAGACUGAGAAAAAUAAAGAUACAGCAGACCUCGACAGCAAAUCUCAGCUUCCCCGUGACCCUACGGCAGGUACUACUCUACAUCAAUUAGAGAACAAGCCUGGCGAGAAGAUCGAGUUGACCGAAGACGACUGCUAUGACCAACUCGGUUAUGCGUGGCCAAGCUGGAAGAAAUGGAUGGUCAUCUCAGUGAUCUUUCUCGUUCAGACUUCCAUGAACUUCAACACCAGUCUUUAUUCCAAUGCUCUUGUUGGCAUUUCAGAAGAGUUUGGCGUAAGCAUGCAAGCUGCGCGUUGUGGUGCAAUGAUAUUCCUUGUCCUGUAUGCCUUUGGUUGCGAGCUGUGGGCACCCUGGAGUGAGGAGCUUGGUCGCAAGCCGAUCCUGCAGGCGAGUCUCUUUCUUGUCAACGUCUGGCAGCUUCCUGUGGCACUUGCGCCCAACUUCGCCUCAAUCAUGGUUGGUCGUGCUCUGGGUGGUCUGAGCUCAGCUGGUGGUUCAGUGACCCUGGGAAUGAUUGCCGAUCUCUGGGAAGCGGAUGAGCAGCAGUAUGCUGUUGCUUGUGUUGUUUUUUCGUCUGUUGCUGGCUCAGUUAUCGGGCCUGUGGUAGGAGGAUUUGUCGAAGCGUACUUGCCAUGGCGCUGGAACAUUUGGAUUCAACUUAUCUUUGGUGGCUUCGUUCAGAUUGCACACUUGUUAUUCGUCCCCGAGACUCGGACUACCAUCUUGAUGGAUCGAAUUGCCAAGAAGAUGAGGAAGAGUGGUGAGAACCCGAACAUCUACGGACCCAAUGAGCUCGUCCCCUACAGCGAGCGCUUCUCGAUGCAGGAGAUUCUUGUUACUUGGAUCCGUCCCUUCAAGAUGUUCUUGACCGAGCCGAUUGUCUUGACACUUUCACUUCUGAGUGGCUUCAGUGACGCACUGAUUUUCAUGUUCAUCCAGUCCUUCGGCCUGGUUUACGACCAGUGGGGCUUUGGAACUGUUGCACUCGGGUUGUCCUUCAUUCCAAUUCUCGUGGGCUACCUCAUUGCGUGGUUUUCCUUCAUCCCAGCCAUUAAGAGAAACAUUAGGGAGAGACGCGAGAAGCCUGAUGAUGAGCAGGCUCAGUAUGAAUCCCGUCUCUGGUGGCUGCUCUGGACCGCUCCCUGCCUACCCAUUGGGUUGAUUGGUUUCGCUUGGACUAGUCUAGGACCCCCCAUUCAUUGGAUCGGCACCAUGGUAUUCUCUGCCAUCGUCGGUAUCGCCAAUUACAGCAUUUACAUGGCAACAAUCGACUACAUGAUCUGUGCCUAUGGGCCAUACUCGGCUUCCGCCACUGGCGGAAACGGCUGGGCGAGAGAUUUCCUUGCUGGUGUCUUGACGAUCCCUGCGACACCUUUCUUCCAGAACAUCGGCGGCAAGUACCAUCUCGAAUAUGCUUCUACCAUUCUCUUCUGCAUCUCGUUCCUCUUGGUCAUUGCCGUGUACGCUAUCUACUGGUACGGCCCGACACUCCGCAAGAGGUCGCCUUUCGCCCAACAGUUAUCGGACGCAAAGGCCGAACUACAAAGCCAUGGUGCAAUCCACACUGGCAGACUUUCACGCGUCCCGACAGGCUCGAGGGCAAACUCCUUUGCACGAUCGCAACAGAACUUGCGUAUCCGCCAAACACUGGGCAGCAGACAGAACAGCUUCGCGGCGUCACGUCCCACUUCGCGCAGUGCCUCUGCGCGACAGAGCUUCUCGGAGGUGUAAUGAAUUGCAAGGAUUCAAAAUCAUGACGAUGAUGAUGAAUGUGAUUUGACUUCGACGUGUGAGACCGAAUCAGUUAAGCCAUACCCGGAUAUUCCAACUUGGUCUCGUCACAGCAACUAGCUGCCCUGAAGUAACUCGUCCGGUCUCCUUGUCGACAAUUUCUCG